ACUCAUAUUACGGAAACAUAUAUAUGUACACUCACAAUCGAUGGAUAGCCGGUUGCGGAUUAAGUUAAUCCAUUCUAAAUUUUUAAAUCAUAUAUCAUAUCAAUUGACAGGCAUUCAAGUCUAUCUUAUCAUUUAUAUUGACAAUCUCAUUGUUUCCAUAUUUUUUGUUUAAGAGAGAUACGAAGAAAGAGAAGAAGGAUGGAUUUCGUAGACAAGACGAGGAAUUAUGUAUUAGAGAAGGUGGCGAAGAAAGUAGUGGACAUGGAGAAGCCAGAAGCAACGGUUGUGGAUGUGGAUGUGAAGAAGAUUAGCUUUGAUAGCAUUUCGUAUCAUGCUAAGGUCUCUGUUACAAAUCCAUACCAAGUUCUAAUUCCUAUCAUGGAGAUCGCUUACGUUGUCAAAAGCGCCGGCAGGAUAAUAGCCUCAGGUCUAAUUCCAGACCCGGGAUCACUUAAGGCAAAAAGCACAACCAUGGUAGACGUGCCAACGAAGGUUCCACAUAGCGCAUUAUUGAGCUUAGUGAGGGACAUUGCAGCAGAUUGGGAUAUUGAUUAUACACUUGAGCUGGGUUUCAUUAUUGACCUUCCUGUCUUUGGCAACUUCACCAUUCCCCUCACUUAUUCUGGUGAGUACAAGCUACCUACCUUGUCCGAUUUAUGGCGAGGUGACGAAGCAGAAGAAGAGAAAGAAGAGAAAACAGAGAAAGUGAAGAAAGAAGAAAAAGAAGAGAAAGAAAAGAAAGAAAGGAAAGAAUAGAAGGACAAGUAACAAGCUUUAUUUUGUGUUGUGUCAAUUACGAGUCAUGAAAGACAAUUAAAAUACAACAAGCUACUGCAUUGUAUAUUUUGUGGCAUUGUAUCUUUGUCCUUUUGCCAUAGUAUAUUUGAUAUUUUCCUUUUACUUUCUUUUAGGCAAGAAUGUUACUAUUUAGUACAAGUAUAGGGCUUGAUCUAUCUUAUUUAUCAUAAAAACAUCAAAUUAUAUAUUAUUUGAAAGA